AUGGCGGAAAACGUAUCUCCUGAACUCAUGCAAGCUCUGACUCAGAUGAUUGUUAGUGCGCUCAAGACAUCCGUCGGUCAUGCUUCCGCGGAAUUCCAGAUGCCUCAAGACGGUACCGAGGCUGGCACAUUAAUUCAACCAAAACCACCUACAUUUUUUAUGACCGAAUAUCGCUCGUCGGAAGAGACUUCGGUUGCUGACUACUUCAAGCGCUUCGAGUGGGCGUUGAAGUUGAGCAAAAUUCCAGAAGGGCAGUAUGCGAAUUACGCCCGAGUUCACAUGGGUGCGGAGCUGAACAACGCCAUCAAAUUCCUGGUAAGCCCUCGUGACCCUGAAGACGUUCAAUUCACUGAACUACGUACGAUAUUGGUAAACCAUUUUGACCAAGCUAAAAAUAAAUACGUUGAGAGCGUGAAAUUCAGACAAAUCGUUCAGCAAAAAGGCGAAUCUAUCGCAAAUUUCGCACUACGUUUAAAACAAGGCGCUGCGCAUUGUGAAUACGACACAUUUCUGGACAGAAUGUUGAUUGAACAACUUCUCCACGGACUGGAAUCACGAGAUAUGUGCGACGAAAUUAUCGCUAAGAAACCGACUACAUUCAGUGCGGCAUACGAGAUCGCGCAUUCACUCGAGGCAACCCGGAACACGGCAAGUGAAAUUAGGACCUCCGAACCGGCAACCGCUCCUGAAAUGACAAACAAACUGGGUUAUGAAAUGCCGAAAACGAAAAAAAGCGGACAGUUUCGACAUCGAACAUCACCACUGGACAACGGACAACUUCAAGGUUCGUGUAAUGGUUGCGGAGGACAACAUCUGAGAAGCCAAUGUCGAUUCCGCGAAGCAAAAUGCUUCAAAUGUGACAAGACCGGUCAUAUAUCUAAGGUAUGCAGGACAAAGAGGUCUACACCGCAGGAUUCCUCCACCAAUCAGGUUCAAUCGGAAAUGCCAUCUGCUCAAGUUGAUUCCCUACAACUAUUAAGUCAAAUUCACGAAAUUGCCUCUCCAGGAGACACAGACACUCUCUUGGGACGGGAAUGGAUUUCGCACUUCUCCCACGAAAUAAAUUUAAAUCGACUCUUCUCUUCAACCAAUCCGGUUAAUUCGCUGACUUCUGAACCGCAGAUAACCCCAGAACAGAAUGCACGUCUCAACCAGCUUCUGACAAGUUUCAAAGACAUCUUCAGUGACGUCCCGGGUAAAUUUAUUGGUCCGCCGGCGACGGUGCAUUUGAAACCUGGAGCAUCUCCAAUCUUUGCCAAGGCACACGAUGUUCCAUUAGCGCUGCGGGACCAAUAUGCUAAAGAAAUCGAUGCAAAAAUCGCAUCGGGAUUCUAUGAAAAGGUUGAUUACUCGGAAUGGGCUUCACCUACUCAUAUUGUUGUUAAAAAGAAUGGAAAAUUACGUAUCACUGGUAAUUACAAACCGACAGUUAACCCGAGAAUGAUCAUUGACGAACACCCAAUACCGAAGAUCGAACAUCUUUUUAAUAAAAUGAGAGGAGCUACGCUCUUUUGCCACCUCGAUAUCACGGAUGCAUACACGCAUCUUCCCAUCGAUGAAAACUUCCGAAAUGUCCUUACACUGAAUACUCCAACGCACGGACUGGUUCGACCAACGAGGGCGGUUUACGGAGCUUCCAACAUCCCGGCAAUCUGGCAGAAACACAUGGAAAUCAUUCUUAAAGGCUUGUCGGGUGUCAUCAAUUUUUUCGACGAUAUAAUUAUUUCCGCUAACGGAUUCGACGAGUUGUUAUCAAGACUCUCGGCAACGCUGGACCGUUUGAGGACCCACGGUGUACGACUUAAUCGGACAAAAUGUGUCUUCGCCACUCCGACCUUGGAAUGCUUGGGACACAAAAUAGACGGUCAUGGUUUACAUAAAUCGGACAAACACAUCGAAGCCAUUCGUGAUGCACCUCAGCCAGCAACCCCGGAGCAAUUGCAGUUGUUUUUAGGAAAAGCUUCGUACUAUAGCGCGUACAUUCCUAAUCUCUCCGAUAGAACGCGCCCAUUGCGAGACAUGCUACAUACAGAUCCAUUUAAAUGGACACCGAAUGCAGAGAAGGCAUAUCAGGACAUCAAAAAAACCUUGAUUUCACCUCAAGUAUUGAUGCAAUACGACCCAUCUCUUCCGUUGAUCCUAGCCACAGAUGCGAGCAAAACAGGCUUAGGAGCAGUUCUCUCACAUCGACUUGGAAAUGGACAGGAACGACCGAUUGCAUACGCCAGCCGUACCAUGUCCACCACUGAACAACGAUAUCCCCAGAUCGAUAAAGAAGCUCUCGCCAUUGUUUGGGCAGUGAAAAAGUUUUUCUAUUAUCUAUACGCUCGUAAAUUUAUUUUAAUUACAGACCACAAGCCGUUAACACAAAUUCUGCAUCCUGAGAAGUCCCUUCCAACGCUCUGUAUUAGCCGUAUGGCAAACUACGCAGAUUAUCUGGCCCACUUCAAUUUCGACGUCGUCUUCAGACCUACAAACCAGAAUAUAAAUGCCGAUUACUGCUCCCGGAUACCGUAUCCAUCAACGCGGAACGAAGUCAACAAACUGUCCCUUCACGGGGGAAGAGAUGGUAAUGAAGAAGAUGGAAUUGACCGAUUUGCCCUACACCAAAUCCAACAGCUGCCAAUUCGCGCGGAACAUAUAGCGAGAGAGACACGCAAAGACUUUCAUCUCGGCAAAAUAGUGCGGGAGUUGGAAACAGGUCGCAAUCUCGCACGUAUUGGCUACAAGGCCCCGGAAGCGAACUACACACUCGCCGCCAACUGCUUACUCUUUGAGCACAGAGUAGUUAUACCUCCGUUAUUGAGACAGUCAAUCUUGGAUGAUCUACACGCAGCUCACAUCGGUAUAGUAAAAAUGAAGGGCCUAGCGCGAUCCUUUAUCUACUGGCCAGGCAUAGACUCGGACAUCGAACGGACUGCAAAAUCAUGUGUGGAAUGUGCACGCCAUGCACAUGCCCCGCCAAAGUUCAGCGAUCAUCACUGGGAGUAUCCAAAGGGGCCGUGGGAGCGAGUACAUAUUGAUUAUGCAGGUCCAGUCGCAGGUGCGAUGCUGCUCGUCAUCGUCGACGCGUACAGCAAGUGGCUGGAAGUUAAAGUCACCAAUUCAUCGACUACAGGCGCUACGAUUCAAAUUCUGGAUGAGCUAUUCGCUACGUACGGAGUGCCGACAACCAUCGUUUCAGAUAAUGGUACACAAUUCACUGCUGCCGAAUUUAAGUGUUUUCUACAAAAAAGCGGAGUGACAUUUCACAAGCUUUCAGCGCCAUACCACCCUGCUACAAAUGGUCAGGCAGAACGUUACGUCCAAACGGUGAAAGAUGCCUUGAGAGCGAUGUCAACUACAAGAAAUUCACUACAAACGAAUUUGAACGAAUUUUUACGGCAGUACCGUAAAGCGCCCCACACGACCACCGGAGAAUCACCAUCCAAGUUGUUCCUAGGACGCAAUCUGCGCACUCGCCUCGACCUGGUGAAACCACAAGAUACUAUAAUGGAAAACAUUUCAAACGCCAUGUCGACCAAAUUCGACCCUGUCAUCAAAACGAGGUACGCCAUUCGCAGGACCAACAUCGAGACACCACAUCUCGUCAUAUACAUUUUUACGGAGGAAACUCCACACCCCAAACAACACCGUCAAGUCCUGGAGCAAGAGACAUCCCCGCAUCCCCUUCAACUGCCACAUCAAGUCCUGGAGCAAGAGACACCCCCGCAUUCCCUUCAACUGCCUCAGCAUCCCCGGAACCAGAGUUUAUAA